UCAUCGUCUCGUUGGUUUCGUUCACCGACCAACUUGUUUAUAAAUUGUUUUGUAAUUUAAUUUAUUAAAUAAGUGUCUACUUAAUGUUUUUACAUAAUGAUUUAUUAUAAUAUUUUUGAAAGUAACUGUACACUAAUAAACUAUAUUGACAAUUUCGAUUUGUGAUCAAGAAGCAAUAGUAGUGAUAUUUUCUCACAUAAUUAUGGUUAACUGACGUUAGACUGUGCAUCCUCAAUUAUGGCAGACCCAGGUUAUUAUCACAGUGAUUACAUUCGACACCCUGUCCUCUAUGAGCUCGGCGUCAAGUAUGGAAUUAAAACGGAAUGUAUUCCAGAAAUAGCAUUGCCGUCUAAGUUGGAAGAGCUCAAGGAUGUCAUACGUAGAGAGAUACGUAAAGAACUCAAAAUAAAGGAAGGUGCCGAAAAGCUACGUGAAGUUGCCACUGAUCGAAAAUCGCUGUCAGAUGUAGCGAAUAUUGUGAAGAUGGCGAAUAUAAAACUGAACGAGUUAAAAUCUGAUUUGCAAGAACUAGAAUCGCAGCUUCUUUUGUCACGCGGUCAAUCAACUCCUACUUCGCCAGAAGAUUUAUCCUACGAUGAAGAAAUUAUUUUGGCUUCAGAAGCCGCUCAACAACAACGUCAGCUGGGUGAGGGGACGACAGAUCGAAAGUUGGCUUCAUUGGAAAAACAGCUGAAUAUUGAAUUGAAAGUAAAGCAGGGCGCUGAGAAUAUGAUUCAAAGCAUAAGUAGUAGUAACCAGUCUCGGGACAAAAAAUUACUUGCUGAAGCACACCAAAUGCUUGCAGAUUCAAAGAAUAAAAUAGAAUAUCUUAAGUUACGUAUCUCUAAACUAAGCAAACAACAAAAAGGUGAUAACGCAAAUGGUGAUGGCAGGGCUACAGAUAUGAGUGGUAUAGAUUCCUUGCUCGAUGAAAGGAUUGCCGAAAUCAGAAACCGUCUUCGCAUAGAAGCAGCUGUGGUGGAAGGCUCUAAGAAUGCCAUAAGACUCUUACAGAGUGAUAAGAAAAUAACAGACAAAAAAGCACUCCAUGAAGCUCAAACAAGUCUUCUUGAGUCAACACAGAAAUUAGAUUUGCUACGAAAGUCUUUAGACAUGCGUAGACAAGAACUACCAACUGAAAGUGCUGCGUUUAUAGAAUUAGGCCAUGAGUUGCGUAGCACUGGAUCCAGUCCUGGCUAUGUUAGUCUAUCUGGGGCAAGUGGGCAGCGCAGCCUGUUUGUAUCCCCUGCUCCUAUGAUCAGUCCCUGUGUACAAGUCACGGGAACACUUGAAGUUAGACUGAUGGGAUGUCAAGAUCUUUUAGAAGAUGUGCCGGGCCGCGCUCGUAGAGAUCCCCUUGCUAGCCCAUCAGAUUUGAAAUCAUUUGUUAAAGGAGUAACGAUUCGUAACUCAAUGAAAUAUACAUACAGCAUUAAAGAGGAUACUAGUAAUGAAAUUAUGGCUGUCAUGAAGUUGGACAACCACACUGUAGCUCAAACUAGUUGGAGGCCUUGCUCUCAGCAGGCCUGGGAUCAAAGAUUUACAAUUAAAUUGGAUAAAUCCAGAGAACUAGAGAUUGGUAUCCAUUGGAAAGAUUGGCGUGGACUAUGCGCUGUAAAAUUUUUGAGACUGGAAGAAUUUAUUGAUGAUAUUCGACAUGGCAUGGCACUAGAACUUGAACCACAGGGUCUAUUAUUUGCAGAAAUAAAGUUUUUGAAUCCCAUAAUUUCUAGAAAACCUAAAUUACAACGACAAAGAAAGAUCUUUAAACAACAAGGCAAAAAUAUUCCUAGACCUUCAUAUGGUGAUAUGCAUAUACCUGCUGUUGUUCUUGGAAGGCUUUUAAAACGCUCUUCACCAUCAAUUCAAAAUAUACAAAGUGCCCAUAUACAAAGUCAACAGCAUAAUUUUGAACCUGAGAAAGAUGUUGAAAAUCCCCAUGCAACUCUUGUUGGAAUGGCCGGUGUCAGACCCUUGGGUUUGCCAUCUACUCCUACUACCCCACAGGUGCCUAUUGUACCCCCACCAAAACCAACUUUGCCAUUACAACCACCACCUAAUGUAUCCACUCUUAGAAUGGAAAAGGAGUUACAAGAAGCAUUUGCAUUUUUAGAAGAUUCUUAUAAUAGAGAUAGUUAUAUUGCCAGGGAACCGCAGGGGACCUCAUCAUGCAAUACUCCACUAGUAGAGUACCCACCAUCUCCAUCGCCUAAAUUAGUUCUUGAAUAUCCAAGUAAUGAAGACCAGAUAGUUGAAAUUACAAGUAAUAUGCGUAUAUCUUCAUCACGUUCUUCUUCAGUAAUAGAAACAUUAGGGAAAGAGUUAGACUCAAGGCGGCAGUCGGGUGAAAUGUCAAUGGAUAACUUCAGAUUAUUGAGUGUUUUAGGUCGUGGACAUUUUGGCAAAGUUAUUUUAGCCCAAUAUAGACCCACAAAUGAAUAUUUUGCGAUAAAAGCUUUAAAGAAAGGCGAUAUUAUUGCCAGAGAUGAAGUUGACUCAUUAUUGUCUGAAAAGCGUAUAUUUGAGGUAGCUAAUGCAAUCAGACAUCCAUUUUUGGUGAAUCUAUUUGCAUGCUUUCAAACUGAACAACAUGUUUGUUUUGUUAUGGAAUAUGCAGCUGGAGGUGAUCUAAUGAUGCACAUACAUGCCGAUGUGUUUACUGAACCAAGGGCAGUAUUUUAUGCAGCUUGUGUAGUAUUAGGAUUACAGUAUUUACAUGAAAAUAAUAUAAUUUAUAGGGAUUUAAAAUUAGAUAACUUGUUACUUGACACCGAAGGAUAUGUUAAAAUAGCUGAUUUUGGCCUUUGCAAAGAAGGUAUGGGUUGGGGAGAUCGCACUGGAACAUUCUGUGGCACACCAGAGUUCUUAGCCCCUGAAGUCUUAACAGAAACAUCAUAUACUAGAGCAGUAGACUGGUGGGGCCUAGGUGUUUUAAUAUUUGAAAUGUUAGUUGGAGAAUCUCCAUUCCCUGGUGAAGAUGAAGGUGAAGUAUUUGAUUCUAUUGUAAAUGAUGAAGUUCGUUAUCCUAGAACUUUAUCAUUAGAAUCUAUUGCAUUGAUGCGUCGCUUGCUUAGAAAAAAUCCUGAAAGACGUUUAGGCUCUUCAGAAAGAGAUGCUGAGGAUGUUAAAAAACAGGCAUUUUUCCGAAAUGUUGACUGGGAACAAUUGCUCCUUCGAAAAGUAAAACCACCGUUUGUGCCAACAAUUAAUAAUCUUGAAGAUGUCAGCAACUUUGAUAGCGAGUUUACAUCUGAAACAGCAGUUCUCACACCACCAAAAGAGCCUCGCCCUCUCAGUAAUGCAGACCACAAACUUUUUUCAGACUUUACAUACAUGGCAGAUUGGUGCUAAACAGAAAAGAAUUCAAUACAUUUAUUAUAUUUAUAAUUAGUAUAAUUCUUAAUAUUAUUAAAACCCCAUUGCCUUACAUGUGUGAGUGAAAAAAAUCUGUAUUUUGAUAAUUAAUCUAAUCUAUACAGAAGGGUAUCUUAUAUAGAUACUCGCAUGUUAACUUGUAUUUAAUGCAGUUGAAUGCAAUAUUUUAUAAAAAUAAAUUGUGUAAUUUAAUAACGUAAGUUUUAAAUAGCUCUAAUCUUUAUUUUUUUAAAAGCAUUGUGUUACAGAUUUAUAUAUUAUGUAGUUAUGGAAUUAACAUAGCAAUUAGUAAUUUAAGAAAAAGCGUGUCAAAUAAAUCUGUUGUUUUCAGUCAAUUCUUUAUCAGUGAAAUAAAGGUAUCGAGAACUAA